AUGUCCACGCUUGCUGCAGCUUUAACUGUUGCGGGGACCAGACAUUCUGGGGCUCCCGUCAGAAGCCAAAAUGUGAUGGCUGCUGCUGCCAUUGCAAAUAUUGUUAAAAGUUCUCUGGGCCCUGUGGGACUGGACAAAAUGCUGGUUGAUGAUAUUGGUGAUGUCACAGUUACUAAUGAUGGUGCUACAAUACUUAAAAUGUUAGAAGUGGAACACCCAGCAGCAAAAGUAUUAGUAGAGCUGGCUCAGUUACAAGAUGAGGAAGUUGGUGACGGAACCACUUCUGUUGUUAUUAUUGCUGCUGAAUUAUUAAAGAAUGCAGAUGAAUUAGUAAAGAACAAAAUUCACCCUACCAGUAUUAUAUCUGGAUACCGUCUAGCUUGCAAAGAAGCUGUGAAGUAUAUCCAGGAUAACUUGACUGUCACAGUGGAGUCCUUGGGCAGGGCCUCUAUUGUCAAUGCUGCUAAGACUACUAUGUCAUCCAAAUUGAUUGGAGCUGAUGCAGAUUUCUUCUCAGAAAUGGUAGUUGAUGCUGCUCAAGCUAUCAAGAUUACUGACCCAAAAGGAAAUGCAGUAUACCCAAUCAAGGCUGUUAACAUUUUGAAGGCUCAUGGCAAAAGUGCUAGGGAGAGUGUUUUAGUUAAAGGAUAUGCUCUAAACUGUACCGUGGCAUCCCAAGCUAUGCCUAAGAAGAUUCUUAACGCUAAGAUUGCAUGCCUUGACUUUUCAUUGCAGAAAACUAAGAUGAAGCUCGGUGUGCAGGUAUUAGUCUCAGAUCCAGAGAAACUAGAAGCAAUCCGUGCACGUGAAUUGGACAUUACAAAGGAGAGACUUCAAAAGAUCUUAGCAACUGGUGUCAAUGUUAUUCUAUGCUCGGGCGGUAUUGAUGACUUAUGUCUUAAGUACUUUGUGGAGGCCGGAGCCAUGGGUGUGAGGAGAUGUAAGAAGGCAGAUUUGAAGAGGAUCGCUAAGGCCACUGGUGCUACAUUCUUAACUUCGCUGACUAAUAUGGAGGGUGAAGAAGUAUUUGAGCCAAGCAUGAUUGGUGAAGCAGCUGAAGUAGUUCAGGAACAAAUAUGUGACGACCAGCUCAUCCUAAUCAAGGGCCCAUCAGCCCGCACAGCGGCGUCGAUCAUCCUGCGAGGCCCCACGGACGCGUACUGCGACGAGAUGGAGCGCUCCGCGCACGACGCUCUGUGCGCCGUGCGCCGCGUCAUGGAGUCCGGCCGCCUCACGCCCGGCGGCGGUGCCGUGGAGGCCGCCCUGUCUAUAUACUUGGAUAACUUUGCUACUACACUGAGCUCACGCGAGCAGCUAGCGAUCGCCGCAUUCGCGCAGUCGCUACUGGUGAUACCUAAGACGUUGGCGGUGAACGCGGCGCGCGACGCCACCGACCUCGUCGCCAAGCUGCGGGCGUACCACAACUCCUCACAAACAAAGGUUGAACACGCCAACCUUAAAUGGGUAGGUUUGGACCUAGAUGAAGGCGUUCUGCGCGAUAACUUGGCAGCCGGUGUUUUAGAACCGGCGAUGUCCAAAAUCAAAUCGCUUAAAUUCGCAACUGAGGCCGCCAUCACAAUCCUUCGUAUCGAUGACAUGAUCAAACUAGACCCAGAACAAAAGGGAAAGAGCUACGAAGACGCGUGUAACGCUGGGGAACUUGAU